AUGGGCAUCCAGGCCCUCGAGGCCAACGGCAUCACCGCCAAGCUCAUCUUCCUCGGCCGCGACAAGGCUCUCACCCCGCCUUCUCACCCCCUCCUCAAGAUUCGCCGCCGCCGCGCCAUCUGGUUCUUCGUCGCCAUCGAGCUCGUCGGCUUCGGCGCCACCUUUGCCAUCACCCAGACCAUCGCUGCCGUCGGUUUCCUGUCUUCAUCAUGGCCCUCAUCCCCAUCCGGACCUUGCUGCUCCCCGCUGGUUCUCGGACGAGGAACUCGCCGCCCUCGACGAGCCCACCGCCUCCCCUUUACCAUGGAGAGCUGCGGCGGUAUCCACGGAGCCGGCGACACCGACACCUACGACACGGACGCCUCCAAAACCUCGCCGCCGGCUCCAACGCGGCGAUGCUGGACCGCCCUGAUCUCUCGAGACGGACGACGAGCAGGCAGGGGACCGAGCAUGUCGACGGCGUGUUUGCGUACCCUGGCGCGCCGAGAAAGAGCCAGGAAUCGUUGGAAGGGCUGGACCGUGUCGUGA